GUUUGAGGAGGCGGAGCCGGGGGAGCUGCUCCAGCGGCUCCCCCGGACCCCGAUCUCAGCUUGCCUGAGGGGGAGGAGUUCCCGUCGCUCUCGGGGAACGUUCCCUUCACCCAUCUCGAAGGUAGCCGACUUCCUGCCCUCAUCAUGGCUGUGACCUAAAGCCCCUCGCAGGAAGAGGCCCCGGGGUCAUGGCCCAGAAGCACCCCGCAGAAAGAGGGUUGUGUGGAGCCCACCCCAGUGGUGGGACUUCUGCCCUCAGGACUUUCGGAUCUUCCGUGGACCCGGACAUUGUUGCUUUCUCAGGACUCCGAGACUCAGGGGGGUCUGCUGCUAAUAAUGGUACCCGCUGUCCCCUCCAAGAACACCCCAGGCCUAAGUAUGCAGAGCCCCCCAAUCCAGCCCAUUGGUCGGAUCCAAGCCAUGGCUCUCCGAGAGGUCCGGGCCCUCCGAGGGCUGGAGAGGACCCUAAGCAGGUUGGGGCAUGUGCAGAAGAUGAAGAAGAAGCAACAGCAGGAGUGGACCAGGAACUCUUCUCCAGGGAAACUGAAGUCCAGCACCACCAGGAGCGUGCAGAUCCUUCUUUUCUUUCCAUCUCAUCUGAUUGCAACUGCCGAGGAGUCUCAGAAGGAUCGAACACCCAGGGAAGGGAGAGCUUGUCUAGCAGCUUUUGCCACCACUGCAUCUCUCCAGCUUUGGAGGAAGAUGAAGAGUUGGAAGAGAAAGAUGAUGCUGAGGAACCCCUCAAGUUCCCCAGUGAUCUUUCCCGGGAACCCACUGGAAAGAAACCUCCAGCCCGGAGACAGCGGCAUCGCUUUCCAGCCAAGGAGGAUACAAGGGAGGGUGGACGCAGGGACCCCAGGUCUCCUGGCAGACAUCGACUGGGCAGGAAACGAAGUCAGGGAGAGAAACGCAGAAGCCUGGCGUUAUGGGGAGCUGAGGAACUGUGUCAGCUUGGCCAGGCAGGCUUCUGGUGGCUGAUCGAACUACUGGUCUUGGUGGGAGAGUAUGUGGAGACGUGUGGCCAUCUGAUCUAUGCAUGCAGGCAGCUGAAAGGCAGCGAUCUGGAUUUUGUUCGAGUCUGGGUUGGGGUCUGGGCAGGACGUCUUGGAGGCUGGGCCCAGAUAGUGUUCUAUUUUCUGAGCCAGGGAUUUUACUUUGGGACAGGACUCUUUGGCCGCUUCCUCAGACUAGUGGGUGCAUUGUUGCUCCUGGCUCUGGCCCUCUUGUUGGGUUGUCUGCAGUUGAGCUGGCAGUUUCUCUUGGGGUUGGGUGACCGCUUAGGUUGGAAAGCUAAAGCCAUCUGGGUCUUCUCUUGGCUGGAUUCUCCUACCUUGCAGCGUUGCUUGAUUCUGUUGAGGGAAAGCAGGCUGUGGCAACUGCUGGUAAGAAUAGUUCAGUGGGGUUGGCUGGAAUUUCCUUGGGUAAAGCAGAGAAUCAAUAGACAGGGGACUGUACCUACAGCAAGUAAUCGUUACUACCAGCCUGAAGAGGAAGUGGCUCGACUCUUGACUCUGGCUGAGGUUCCUGAAGAUGAGUUAAACCCUUUCCAUGUGUUGGGGGUUGAAGCCACAGCGUCAGAUGUUGAACUGAAAAAGGCCUAUAGGCAGCUUGCAGUGAUGGUUCAUCCUGACAAAAAUCACCAUCCCCGGGCUGAGGAGGCCUUUAAGGUUUUGCGGGCAGCUUGGGACAUUGUCAGCAACCCUGAGAAGCGGAAGGAAUAUGAGAUGAAACAAAUGGCAGAGAAUGAAUUGAGCCGUUCAGUGAAUGAGUUUCUUUCCAAGCUGCAAGAUGACCUCAAGGAAGCAAUGAAUACUAUGAUGUGCAGCCGAUGCCAGGGGAAGCAUAGGAGGUUUGAAAUGGACCGAGAAGCUAAGAAUGCCAGAUACUGUGCUGAGUGUAAUAAAUUGCAUCCUGCUGAGGAGGGAGAUUUUUGGGCAGAGUCAAGCAUAUUUGGCCUCAAGAUCACCUACUUUGCACUGAUGGAUGGAAAGGUCUAUGAUAUCACAGAAUGGGCUGGAUGCCAGCGUGUGGGAAUAUCCCCAGAUACCCACAGAGUCCCCUAUCACAUUUCAUUUGGUUCUCGGCUGCCAGGCACCAGUGGGCGGCAAAGAGCGACUCCAGAUGCACCUCCUGCUGACCUUCAGGAUUUCUUGAGUCGGAUCUUUCAAGUACCCCCAGGUCAAAUGUCCAAUGGGAACUUCUUUGCAGCUCCUCAGCCUGGCGCUAGCCCCACUACACCUUCCAAGCCCAAUAGCACCGUACCCAAGGGAGAAGCCAAACCGAAGAGGCGGAAGAAAGUGAGGAGGCCCUUCCAACAUUGAUAUCCCAUCUCUUUCUUCCUCAAAUCAAUGUCAGGGAGUCCAAAUCCAAAGGGCUGUAUACAGCACAGGAUGGAGUUGAUUUGUUUAUUUUUAAAUAUUUAAAAAAAAAACGGGAAAAUUUUAAGCUCA